AUGUCCGCCGUUCAGACCAUCACUGUGCCCACCCAGCCCGAUAUUCAGUACCACCCUGAAUAUGAAAAGUACAAGGAGCGUACUCGUCGUCGAAAGGAGACCGAGACCCUGCAGUCCACUUUGCCUGAGAACUUCCCGGAGAAGUUGGUAUCGCCACUGGUCUGGGAAGGAAAAGACGUUGAGAAACGGGACGACUGGGUUUAUCAGUUGAGCGAUGAUCAGCUGGAUGAACUCGACGCUGCGUUGACGAGCUUCAAAGCACUCAAUCUUUCCUUGGGACAUAUCAACCAGUCGACUUUCCCUCUACCUACCCUUCGCCCUGCUCUCCGAGACCUUUCGAAAGAGAUUCACACCGGUCGAGGAUUCGUCGUUCUCCGGGGUUUACGUAUCGACGAUUACUCCCGAGAAGACAACAUCAUCAUCUACGUCGGUGUAUCUUCUCACAUUGGCAAUAUCCGAGGACGUCAGCAGGAAGCGCGGCUGGCAGAUGGCAGUUCACCCGUGAUAUCCCAUAUCAAAGACCUCACUAGAAAUACCGAGAAGAAGCUCAUCGGAGCCCCUUCAAAUACGGCUGAUAAGCAGGUUUUCCAUACUGACGCGGGCGAUAUAAUCUCACUCCUCUGUCUGAACCGAGCCGCAGAGGGAGGAGAAAGUUACCUUUCUAGCAGCUGGCAUGUGUAUAACAUCCUGGCUAAGGAAAGACCCGAUCUUAUUCACACUCUGUCCCAGGAUUGGCCAGUCGAUGGCUUCAAUAACCCGGCCAGGCCUUACAGCCUCCGCCCACUUCUAUACCACCAACCUGCCACUGCCACCACCCCUGAAAGGGUCCUAAUUCACCCCGGUCGAAGGAUAUCCCCCCCUAUCACGGAAGCGCAAGCCGAGGCGCUCGAUGCUUUACACUUCUUGGCGGAAGAGCACAGUGCCGCUUUGGAUUUCCAGAAAGGCGAUGUGCAGUAUGUGAAUAAUCUUAGCAUUUUCCAUGCGCGGAAUGGCUUCAAAGAUGAGCCCGGUAAAGAGCGUCAUUUGUUGAGACUCUGGCUUCGAGACCCUGAGAAUGCAUGGGAAACACCUCGGGAACUCCAGGAACGCUGGGAUAUAGUCUACAAAGACGUUGUCGAGGAUAAGCAGGCGUUCCCAUUGGAGCCGACUAUUCGCAAGAAUGUCUGA